AUGGAAGUAAGCUUGUGGGCAAUUGAGUUGUUGAUGAAAGAACGAGCAAGAGAAAUUGUUCAGCGAUGUGGAUGUCGGCUACAUGAGACACAUGGUUUGCCAUGUAAAUGUAAGAUGGAUGCACUUAGUGAUGCCGGCAUGGAGUUACACCCUCACCACUUACAUCGAUUCUGGUCAUCUUUGGUGUAUGAGAGUCCUCCUGAUGGUGCAAAAUGGGAGGACCAUUAUGCCACUGAGCGUGGAAUUUUUGCAGCCAUGGUGGAGGAUGUGUACAGGCAAGGACCAGCUGCUGUUCGGAAGGCAUCUCAAUUACUACUCCCUCAUAUUCGUCCACAAGUUGCAGGCCUAUUAGAGCCUAGAGAGUCAGAGGCUCCAAAGGGACGACCACCAAAGAGGUCGAACACUAGAGAUCCUUCUUGGUUUGAGCAUGAGAGGACACGAUCGGCAAAGAGGAGCAAAACAAAUGAGAACACGAGAAAGACACACAAGACGACUCCUGCAGGAGGUGUCUCGAAAAGUCAGCAUAUGCAAGUCCACAAUGAGAGAAAUGUUUGUCCUUAUCUCCGCUAUAUCCCACUUAGCGUCCGCCCUCUUCUUAGAGUUGAUGGGGUCACACCAAUACCUCAUUUUAGUCCACAGUGGUCUUACUUUCGGGAUAUGCUAAGAAUUGCUGAUUGGGAUUUGUUAUACGAGGCUGGGCGACAAUUGUAUGUCGAUCUCGGAGGACAUCAUCCAGCCAAUGACGAUGACAAGAGUGAUUAA